AUGCGCGAACAUCUUCAUUUUUAUCUUCUGAUCCUUUUUAUUUUCUCAUUUUCCGAAUGUGUCAAAAUAAUUGACAAUGGUCUGGCGCCUCCAGAAAUUGUGCACACACCAGUCUCAACAAAACGUGAGUGGGAUCUAUCUUUAAAAAAUCUGAAACUAAAAAUAAAAAUUUCAAAUUUUCAGCCAGAUGCAAAGUUUUUGCUCCACCUUUAGAUUUGAUUUUUAUUCUGGACUCAUCUGGAUCUCUCAAGGACAAAUUUCAGGUAUUUUUUUCUGAAAAUCGUUUUUUGUUUCUUCAAGUUAGCCUAUCUUAGGAUGAGAUAAACAUAAUUCGCCGAAUCAUAAAACACGUAACAAUUGGAAAAUCAGCGACUCGAGUAAUGUUGGUGCAAUUUUCCGGUACUCAACAUCUCGAAUUCAAUUUUGAGAAAUUCCAAGAUCGCGAAGAACUUCUAGCCGCAUUGGAUGUUCUGAGACAUGUUUCUGGAAUUACUAGAAUUGGCGGAGCUUUUGAAUUCACGCUGGCUAAGAUGAAGGAUCGAGAAAGUGUGGGUGGAAUUUAUAUUCUUGAGGAAAAUCAGAGAUUUAAAUUAGAUAAUUAAUUUUUUAGGGUAUCAGAGAUGGAAAUGUUCCAAAAAUUGUUUAUAUUUUGUCCGAUGGAAGAACUCAUGAUUAUCCAAAAGAUUGGCAAAUGUCGGAUAUUUUGAGAAGGUUUGUUAAGAUUUGAAUCAAGGCUACACAGGCCUGAAAAAACCCUAACCUUUUUCAUUCCAGAGAAAUCCCAAAUGUUGAUAUUUGGGCGUAUGGAACUGGAGAUUACGUCGCAAUGACUGCGUUGGCAAAUUAUACAAGAUCCGAAGAGAAAAUUGUGACGAAUCAGAAUUUACAAAAACUCGAGCCACAAUUUGAUAAAUAUCAUGGAACAGAAAUAUGCGAAGAGCAGCCAGGUACAUAUUUUUGAAAAAAAAUUUUUUUUUUAGUUUUGAUUUUUUAGCAUGUAUCAAAGGCUCGGAUAAACCGCUUGAUUUGGCACUAGUUGUUGAUGCUUCAGAAUCUUUGGAUCAUUUGUUCACUGAUCAGGUUACACUUCACAUUCAGAAAUCCUCACGAAUCUUUCUUUUUUUCAGAUCAAAUUCUUGCUCGAUCGAGUAAUUCCGAAUAUAAAUAUCCAUCCUGAAGCUGUUCGUCUCGCAUUGAUUUCCUAUUCUGGAAGUUCAUUCGUUCACUUCAAAUUCAAUUCCUUCCGAUAUGGAAAUAAUACAUCAGUUAGUGAAUUUGUCAAAACAAUGAGAUCUAUCAAAGGGACAACUGCAACAAACAUCGCAUUGGAAGAUGCGUUCGAUUUGCUGACUUCCAACGAUCCAGCAAUUGGAAUCAGAGAUGGUGUUCCGAAGAUGGCAUUGGUUUUGACAGACGGACAUUCGCAUAGAUCACCAAAACAGAUUGCUGAGAAAAUGAGAGCGUCUGGGAUUAUUAUGAUCGCUGUUUCGGUUACUCCACGGCCUUUGGUUGAUGAAGCUGAACUUCUUUUGAUUUCUGGCGAACCUGGGAGAGCAUUUUCCCCGCCAAAUCUUCAGAAUUUCGAGAAAGAAUUUAUGAAAUAUGUUGGAUUUGGUUGUGAUGGAAUUGAACUUCCACCGGAUGCCAGUAAGAUUGAUUUUCCAUGUUUCAUUUUGUAACUAUCUUAAAAUUCAAAAUUUUCUUGUAGAACCGCAAGUUCGCGGAGCCACUGAAGUCAAAUGCACCGAGAACUCGAUGAGUAUAAUCGUUCGGACACAACGAGCUCUUCAAGGUUUGAUGUAUGCUCAUAAUUAUCACGACGAGCCGGAAUGUCAGAUGAAGAAGACGGAUGAUUCGAGAGAAAUCAAGAUGACAUUCCAGGAAGGGGACGUGUGGACUUGUCAAAACGCCAAGUGCUGUGAGUUGGGCGGAGAAUGGGGGGGGGCGAGAAUUGGGACUGAGCCGGUUUUUUAGUGCCUGAAUCAAACAAUUUUCAGAAUUUAUCAUCAAAAAUCGAGCCCGGAUUUUUAUUUCUGGGGGCCCGAUUCCUGAUAAAAAAGAGCUCCGGGUUCGAUUUAAAAUUUCCGAUUUUUCUCGUUUCCAGUUUCUCUGAAAAGCUCAAAAAUGAGCCAGAAGUCAAAAAAUAUUUUGAAAAUUUUUUGAGAGCCUAUAACUCACUUAGGUCAUGGCGAAGAAAACAUGAAAAAUUCUGAAAAUUAUAUUUUUAGCCACAGAAAAAACUCCCGAAACAUGUACGUUUCAGAAUUCUUUGAAAAUUUGAACCAAAAAUCUUGCAGGACGGCGAUGGCUACCACCUGAACAUCACAGUAAUCCUCCAAUUCCAUCCACUAAUCAUCACUCGAGCCGAUCAAGGUCUCGACAUGUCGUGUUUUGUUCCAUCUCGUGUUGCUCGACACGAAUUAGAUAAGGCGAUACUUCGAAAUGCUGCCGAUACUCAAUGCGUUUAUCGAUUGCAUAGAUAUAGUCCGGGACAAUGUGUGGCUCUUGAUGCGAAAGUUGGAGAAACACUUUAUCAUCGAUGGGAAUGCGAUUGUCGUGAGUUUGUUUUAUUUAUUUAUUUUUUGAUUUUUCUUGGUUCCAAUGUUUUAAAAAAUAUUUUUUUUACAGCUGACGACUACAAUUAUUUGGUUCAUGACUGUUUUGUGCAAUCCGAAAAGCAUACUCAACAAAUUUUGGAUUCUAAUGGGUACAGUACCAUAUUUCCCUCCAGUAGAACCUCCAAUUUUUUUCAGCUGCGAAGUAGAUCAACAUUUUUUGGAAACCCCAAAUUAUUCAAGAUUCAAAGAUCAUCCUGAAAAUUCGUACAUUUUCCAAGAAAUGUCGGUUUUCAAAUUUCCCGGCGAUGGAAAUCUUCUGUUCCACUGCAAAAUUUCAUUGUGUAAUAUGAAAGAUCCGAAUGCGCCGUGUAAUCAGAGUAUUGUGAGUUGGCUUUGGAAAUUUUUUUUAUUUUAUUUUUGAAAUAAAAUGAAUUAAAAAUAAUGUUUUAGCCACCAAAAUGCACCAAAAAGCCGUCAACAAUCCCGGUUCGAACAAAACGAGAUACAACAUCAAAUCAAGAGGAUCAAUGGAUCUCGCGACAAAUUCAGAAACGUCAUCUUGAGUUGAAAAACAGAUCGAGGAGACAGAUUGUUGAGACGAAGGCUGGAUAUUAUAUGACUCUUCAUGUUGAAACCAGGUACUGUGAUUUUUGGGGAUUAGACCCGGGGUUUAAAAAUUCCUCUUAAAAAAUUGGCUUUCAUUUUCCUGAACACUGUAUAUUCUCUGCUUCUCUAACCUCAUUUUCGGCAGAGAAGAAAAUUUAAAGGCGCACCUGUGUUUAAAGACGGGUCUCGCACCGAAGCCUCUCUAGCCUCUCUAGCCUCUCUAGCCUCUCUAACCUCUCUAACCUCUCUAACCUCUCUAGCCUCUCUAGCCUCUCUAGCCUCUCUAGCCUCCCUAGCCUCUCUAGCCUCUCUAGCCUCUCUAGCCUCUCUAGCCUCUCUAGCCUCUCUAGCCUCUCUAACCUCUCUAACCUCUCUAGCCAUCUCUAGCCUCUCUAGCCUCUCUAGCCUCUCUAGCCUCUCUAGCCUCUCCAGUCACUCUAGCCUCUCUAGCCUUUUCAGCUUCAGAUUAUAAAAAUCAAUAUUUUUCCAGAACCCUCAACGUUUUGCUGAGCGAAUCGAUUCGUCAAAGAGACAGUGUUAAAUAUUGCGACAUUUCCUAA